AGAGAUUGGUGAAAGUGUGAGAGGAGAAGAUGUGUAUAUCAUCCAGAGUGGCUGUGGAGAAAUAAAUGACAACUUAAUGGAACUGCUCAUCAUGAUCAAUGCUUGCAAGAUUGCAUCAUCCUCCAGAGUGACUGCCGUAAUUCCAUGUUUUCCAUAUGCCAGGCAAGAUAAGAAAGACAAGAAGGGGUCCGUGGAGCGUUGGAGUCGUGCUCCAAUCUCUGCAAAACUUGUUGCCAACAUGCUGUCAGUUGCAGGGGCUGACCACAUAAUCACCAUGGACUUGCAUGCUUCUCAGAUUCAGGGUUUCUUUGACAUUCCAGUAGAUAACCUGUAUGCAGAACCUGCAGUGCUGCAGUGGAUUAAAGAGAACAUUUUGGAGUGGAGAAACUGUAUCAUAGUCUCACCUGAUGCAGGUGGUGCAAAAAGGGUUACUUCAAUUGCUGACAGACUGAAUGUGGAAUUUGCUCUCAUUCAUAAGGAAAGAAAGAAAGCAAAUGAGGUGGACAGAAUGGUCUUGGUUGGUGACGUGAAAGACAGAGUAGCAAUUCUUGUCGAUGAUAUGGCUGACACAUGUGGCACAAUAUGUCAUGCAGCAGACAAGUAA